AUUGAAAUGAGCAGCAGCUCCGCCGUGGACCACCGCCGUCUCCGCUGCGUCUUCCAGGACUGGAUAGCGCAGCAGCGGGAGGAUAUGGAGGAGCUGAGCCGGGCGGUGGAGUCAAAUCUCGGCGACGACGAGCUGUUCGGCGUGGUGGAUAGGAGCGUGAAGCACUUCGAGGAGUACCAGCAGCACAGGGCGUUGCUGGCCCAGCAGAACGGCGGGCCGCCGUUCCUGUCGCCGUCGUGGUGCACCACCUUCGAGAACGCCUUCAUGUGGAUCGGCGGCUGCCGCCCCUCGCUCUCCAUCCGCCUCGUCUACUCGCUCUGCGGAGCCGACCUUGAUUCCCACCUCCAGGGGUACCUCCAGGGAGAGCGGAAGGGUAGUUUGGGAGAUAUUUCGGCCACUCAGCUCAACCAGAUCAACGCCCUGCAGUCCAAGACUGUUAGAGAAGAAGACAAGCUUUCCAGCAGGAUAGCAACUUUACAGGAGGACAUGGCGGAUGAGCCGCUGGCAAUGAUAGUGAACAAGAGCAAGAAAGUGGGGGAAUCGAGCUCGGACGUGGAGCGAGCUUUGGACAACCAUGCGGUGGCGAUGGGGCGGAUGGUGGUGGAAGCCGACAAGCUCCGGCUGAGGACACUGACGGAGCUACUCAAAAUCUUGACACCGCUCCAGGCCGCUCAUCUUCUUCUGGUCGCCAAGAAAUUGCAUCUCUCCAUCCAUGAGUGGAGCAAAAAGAGAGACGGCGCCGCCGCCGGCCGUCAAUUCAACACAACCCAAGACGCCGCCGCCGCCGCCUGCAGUGUUUCACCGGGCUAAUCAAUCCACUCAAAAACCAACCACAAAAUUAUACUAAUAUAAAAUAUAAAUAAUUAACGGCGUUUUUGCAUAAAUGUAUAUACAGCAUGCCAACUUAAUUAAACUAGGCUAGAUAUAUAUUAUAGCUAGCUUCUCACUAAUUAUAUUAUAUUAAUUAAAAUGUAACUACUUUAAUUGGUUAGGCUGCAAUUACUUCUAUGCAUUUCGCCAUUUGCAUUUCAUUAAUAAUAUACUUUCAUUUUAAUCA